AUGAAUAGUACAAAUUCACAUUAUGUAGCAAUUUAUGUUGGAAGCAUGGUUCUAGUCGGUGGUAAUAUUGGAUCAUUACUCAACAUUAUACUAUUUUUUCAUUUUCGAUCAUUAAAAACUAAUUCAUGUUCAAUUUAUUUAUUAUUAGCUUCAUCAAUCUCGGAUUUAGUUCAACUUAAUAGUGUGCUUACUCUUCGAAUUCUAGCAGAUGGUUUUAAUUAUGAUUUAGUAUCUCGAUAUGUAUUUGUGUGUAAAGUUCGAAAUUAUAUUGCUCAGUUAACAUCAAUGUCAACGCAUACAUUCAUUAGUCUAGCCUCAAUUGAACGAUACUUAUUAACAUUAUCUGGUCCAGUUAGAAAAACAAAUACAUUUCUAUUCAUAACAAUAACAGUGAUAUUUUGGACAGUUAUAUCAGUCACUCAGCUGAUAUUUUCAGAAGUAUAUCGUGUUAAUGAUAGAAAACAAUGUGGACCAAGAAAUGGUCCAUAUUCUGUAUAUUUUAUUUUAUUUGGUAUUCUUAUCUUUACUUUGACACCACUCGGUCUCAUGUCAAUAUUUGGUUAUCUUACUUUACGACAUGUUCAAAAAAUUGCUAAAUAUACAAAAAAAUAUAUAACAAUAAAAAUUGGAAAACGAAUUGAAAAAGUGGAUGAACAUUUAACAAGAAUGUUAUUGAUGCAAAUUAUUUUGACUGUUUUAUCUACUAUUCCAUUUACUAUUGAUCACACGUAUUCAGUUCUAACUAUGAAUACCUUCAAAAGCAGAAAACGACUAAAAUUAGAAAAAUUAUUUUCGCUAUUAGCAAAACUUUUGUUUCAUAUUCAUAGUUGUGCCGAUUUCUAUGUCUAUUUAUUUACAUCAUCGAUGUUUCGAAAACAAUUUCAAAGACUAAUGAAAAGUUUACCCAUAAUUAAACAUUAUACAAUACAAAGACGAUUUAAAAGUAUUAAACAAAUUAAACAAUAUGCAUAG